CAGGAGGAGACGGAGCAGCUCCGCGAGGAAGUGAAGCGACUGACCUCGGAGCUGCAGGAGCUGCAGGUCCGCUCCCUCUCGCCCGAAGACACGGCGCUGCUGGACCCCCAGCUCGCAGUGGCCAACGCCCAGUCCAUGCUGGUCGAAUGUUUUGGGGAUCAAGCGUCGCACCCGCUGUACACCAAGAUCUGCCUCACCAAGGACUGGGACGAGCGCCGGAAGACGCUGAUGGCCGUUCGCCAAGAGAAAUUGAGGAGUGCGUACGAUUCCUCAUGUCGGGUCGCCAGCGCGAGGCACACGCAGUCCGACGAGCGAUUCGUGACGAGCGACGGGGAUCUGUGCUGCAUCCGCUACGAGACCGUGGAGUUCCCUGGUGUAAAGUCCCUCCAGCAAGUCUGGGACGCGCUCAUGUUCUACGUGACCAACCUGGAGAUCAGCAUCUCCGAGAGACUGGGCCACAUUACGGUGCAAGACGACUACGACUGCGUCGAUGACAAGAUCUACAACACGCGCGUCUUGUCGACCAACGACCGUGGACUGACGAUUGAAGGGAACGUCGUCACCUUUUCCCACUUGUUUCGCAAGGGUGAAGACGGUCUUGGACUUGGCGGCGCCAUCGAGGAAUACGGAGUGUUAGUUGUCCAGUCCGUUGAUGAAGACGAGAUGUACCCAUACGUCCCCAGCGAACGCAUUCGACGUGACACUGCCGGCGCAAUUGUCUUGACGGUGAACGAACCAAAGACGAGAAAAUCUAAGAAUCGAGCUGGUGGAGAAGCGGACGACGUUGACGUGGUCGUGACCAUGCGGCGUGCAGCCUUUUUCAAGCUGUUCUACCCGCAGUUCCCAGUUGACGAAGCGGCGUUGCAGGAGUUGCAAGGGGGGAUCGCGCGGUGGGGGGAUGUCAGGUAG